CUUCAAUCCUACCGCAACAGUUACAUACCUCCGGCCAACAUACGUUCUUAUAGUUCAAUAUCAACUAUGUCUCAACACUGGCUCAACAUUCCCGGCAAUGCACUCGUCAUUGGCGCAGGCCAAGGUAUCGGCAAAGCCACGGCGCUCGCCUUCGCAACGGGCGGCGUAUCUGGCAUCGUCCUGGCCGGCAGAACCCAGGCUACGCUGUCCCAGACCGAAGUCGAGAUCGGGGCCAUUGCCGCCAGCCAAGGCCGCGAGGUCAAGACUCUGAUCGUCAUCACCGACAUUACUAAAGAAGCGGACGUGAUCUGUCUCCACCAGGAGGCGAAGGAGGUCUUUAGACGCAUCGACUACGCCGCCAAUACCGCUGGUCUGCUCGGGGACGACUUCAAGCCCACCACCUCGGUAACCGCCACCGAGGUGAACGCGCAGCUAGCCAUGAACGCAACGGGUUUCCUCCUGUGCAUGCGGGAGGCGAUCAAGAUGAUGGAGACGCAGGAGCCGCUGUCGGUGCCGGGAUUCCACACGGCGGAGCGGCCGGGGAUCGUCUCGGCGGGGCUCUUGGAGAGCAACAACAACACGCCCGAAAAUGGUCUCAAGAGUGUCGGCUCCGUGCCGAUUCGCAGGUUUAGCACGGUCGAUGAGGUCGCUGAUGUGGCCGUCUUCAUGUGCAGUCCCAGAGCUAGCUAUAUUCAUGGCAUGAAUUAUGUUGUCGCUGGUGGGGUCGGGUUUGAACAGUGCUGGAGCGUCGAAGCCUGA